AUUUACUGAUUCCAGUGUAUUUAGUCGAGUGAACAAGAUCAGAUGUCAAGCAAUAAGUUUUGUCAUUUUUUUUUACUUUUAUCUCUGAUAAAGAUUGCUCAGUCUGGCACACCUAAGUAUGUUUACCCUCCUACUUCACCAACUCGUCAUCAACUUAUUUCCGGUAUUGGAGUUCCUUUGAAUUUACAACAUGAAAGUAUUACCUAUGGUUGGACUAUGAAAGCACAGUAUUUUUUGCCUGAAACAAUAAAUCAAUUACAUUUCCAAUUCUUUCCUGAUGUUUGGGUUGCAAACUACACAAAAGACUUUCUUUUCGACACAGUUUGGCAAAGAUUUCCAAAUGGUAGAAAAAGGCGAGAGGUUUUAUACGAUCCAUUAACUCAACAACAUUAUGAAAAAUAUGAAGGUAUAUUUAAGGAAAUAUCAAACAUGCCUUUGCAUGACAUCGAAACUUCUGAGGACGAUGAAUUUGAUGAUCAAUUUGAGGAGGAUAUAAUCGACAAGAAAAUAAUGAUGUUAACGAACAAAUACGUUUCCAACGAUGAUCCAUCAACGAAAGAAGAGUUGGGACCAGACUUAUCAACAUCGAGAUGGUCUAUGUAUGACGCAUUCUCAACAACAUUAGAAAAAAAUGGUUUUAAUGGCCGUAUGUGUUUAUUACGUGCUAUUUGCGAAGCAACAUGGGUUAAAUUUAGCAGAAACAACCUUAUGGGCGAGCUUUUCCACAUAUUUUUCACUCCUUCAACAACAUCUGAACCAACAAAUAGACCAUCUGACUACGAUUAUAUCAAAGCCGAAGCAAUAGGUCGAGACAAAAAAGGUGAUGAUGAGACAUGUAAAAAUGUUUUUUAUCAAUGCAAGCAAUCAAUUUUGGACAUAUUUACCCAGAACUUUGAUGAAUUACUUCAUUUUUUUAAUUAAAUUUGACUUUUAUGCGAUCUAAUAAAUUAUUCUAAAAUAUCAUGCUCUUAUUUAUUUUCUAAUGGUUAAAGCU